CGUUCCUCAAGCAACCUGGGCUCUUUAAAAAGCAGCAGAGGUGGGAGAAAGCGGCCUUUUCAGCUUUGCAGGUGGGUUGGGAUUUCUGCUGGGAAGCAUCACAAGAAGAGAGCGCUUCUUUGAAGAAUUGUGAAGUCAGUGACCCCAGCAAAAGAGGCACAAGUGCAGGUUGCAUGAAGAAUUAAAGAUGGCAAAAAGUGAUGAUUGCGUACGCAUCUUGCAGGGUCUGUUAGUCUUUGGGAAUGUGGUCAUUGGGAUGUGCGGCAUUGCCCUGACAGCAGAGUGUAUCUACGUUGUGUCUAGCCCCAAUGAUCCCUACCCUCUCCUGAAAGCCACAGCAAACAAUGGAAUCUAUGCUGCUGCCUGGAUUGGCAUCUUUGUUGGCCUUGCACUCUUUGCUCUGUCUAUCCUUGGUAUUAUUGGAGUCAUUAAGGCCAGCAGGACCUUGCUGCUGGUGUACAUCAUUCUGAUGCUGAUCACUUUUGCAUUUGAAAUAGCUUCUUGCAUCACAGCAGCGACCUACCAAGACUCCCACACUCCAGGUGUAUUCCUGAAGCAAAUGCUGGAGGGAUAUCAGAAGACAGAGCCAGCCAGUAACAGUGACAAAGAGCUCACAAAGACAUGGGAUAAACUCAUGCUUCAGAACCAUUGCUGUGGGGUGCUGGGCCCCUCUGACUGGCAGGAGUACACGUCUGCCUUCCGCGACACACACAACGAUGCCGACUACCCCUGGCCACGGAAUUGCUGCGUCCUGGAUACACAAGGGCUUCCCGUCAACCUUGAUGGCUGCAAACUUGGAGUGCCUGGCUACUAUAACAGCAAUGGUUGUUAUGAUGCUAUUUCUGGGCCAGUGAACACACAUGCCUGGGGUGUUGCCUGGUUUGGCUUUGCCAUCCUCUGCUGGACUUUCUGUGUCCUCCUUGGUACCAUGUUCUACUGGAGUGGGAUUGAAUACUGAAGGCCCAGCGUCCUCAGUGCUGUCCUGAAGAGCCAUGUGAAUCUGCAUGUGUUUGUCUUCUGUUCCACUCUCCUUGGGCCAUGGAAGAUUUGAAGUUUUCCCACCACCUCUCCCAUAUAUACUUUUGCCCCCCCAUAAACUUGACGCAAAGAACUGAUGACUGCAGGAAAGAAUCUUCGUGUCCGUGCUUUGCCCCUUGUUCUGCAGCCUUAAUGCCUCCUGGCUGAGGUACAAUUCUUUUUUCACUGUGCAAGAAAUCCUGGAGCAUAAGGAAAAAAGUGAUCUGAUUUGUUCUCUGAUGACAUCAGAAAAGAAACACUUGCUCCAGAAAAAUGUCUCUCUAAAAUUAGUUUGAAUUUAAAUUAUAAUGCUUCAGCAAGGGCUGUGUGAGCAAAACUGUAACCUCCUGUGAGCAAUAAGGACGGAUGCUGCAAGGGAGAAGACUGCAGACCUCUCUAUUAUAUUUUACUGUUCAACUUCUCUUGCUGGUCUCUGUCACCCUUGCCUUAGAAUAAGGCAGAUUCUCUGAGCAUUGAUGUGUGUCAGCGAUAAAAACAUGUCACAGAUAAAAAGUCUGUUGCUAGUCAAGCCCAAUAAAAGGCUAGCUCACUCCUCAGCAAUAUGCUGCCUAUAUUCAAGCCUACCUCCUGUCUUUGAUGAAACUACUGCAUGUGCUCCUACCUUCAGAAGUGCCAGUCCAGGAAAAGCUCCAUUUGCUAACAAGCAACUUCCUCAAAAAAGCUGUUAUGUACUUCACACAAGAUUUCAUACACCUACGGGCUAGAAUUUGUGCAGACUACAAGGGGUUCUGUGCUGUAGUUGCCUUUACAAAAGUGGCUGUCCCAUGCUCCUAGUUUACUGUGCUUCUUGCUUCAGCUACCUGUGUGUAUAUGGUCACAUCCCCUGCGUCAUUCCCCUUCCACAUCCCCGGAUCAGGUAGGACAAACGGCAAAUAAUGGCAGUGAGUAACUCUUGUGAAAAAAUGCAAGCAAGGAGCUAACUGAACCAAACCCAGUCCUUGCAUCAGUACUUGCAGUUCUCACUCAGUUCAAUAAAGGCUGUUUACUUUG